AUGUCCUCCAAGCACGUUGUGUUCGAUAUCGUGGGGACCCUCGUGGCCUAUGAUCGUGUCUUCGAAGCUCUUGAUACUCGUCUAGGCGACCGACUGCGCGCAGAGGGUAUCAAGCCCCGUCUCCUCGGGUACACAUGGAUGGAAGCCGCUGAGCGCGAAUACACCAAUCUCAGUCUAUCCCAAAGAUAUGUGCCGUUUGGCGAAGUCUUCCGCGCCCUCUUCUACCGUAUGCUAUGGAUGGCCGGUAUCGCCGAGCCCCGGUCUUGGGCGAGUCCCGAAGAUUUGGAAUUUAUUAUGAAGGAGUACCAGCACCUAGAGUUCCGUCCUGGCGCUGUGGAGUGUGUUCAAAGGCUCAGAGAUGCCGGAUUCACUGUUUGGGCGUUUACUGCUGCGGAUAUCGCUCGCGUUGGGGGCUAUUUCAAGAAUGCCGGCGUGGAGCUCCCUGCCGAAAACUUGCUAUCUUGCGAUGAUGUGGGUGUGGGCAAGCCAGAUCUAGAGGCUUAUCGUCCAUUGCUUGAGCGUCUCAAGGCUGAGAGUGAUGGGAAGAUUCCUUGGUUUGCUGCAGCCCAUAUGUGGGACGUUUCUGGAGCGAAGCAAGCAGGAUUCAAAGGUGCUUACUGCCAUAUUUGGGAGAAGGAAUCUCUAUCUGAGUUGUUCGGAGUAAUGGACGUCAUGGCUGACACUUUGCCCGAAAUGGCGGACAAGAUCAUUGAAGCCCAAGCAUCAUCUUGA